UCUUCUGCCAUCGGCGCUAGGCUGCAGUGGUGGAAUUGGAACCGUCGUCGCGUCAGUUUUCGCAAGCGUUUGACUCACCUCGAUCGUUGACAAGGAGUAAACAGAUUGCCCAGCGAUUGGUCGUAUUCAACCCGACUCGCGUUGCGCCCAUCCAGCACAGGCCUUGCCAGGGCCAUUCCACCUGCUGACCUUCCCUCCAUGCCUCGCGCUCACUCACGCCACUGGCGCGGAGAUCUUUCGACAAACGGUUGUUUCCCAUCCGCCGACAGUUGGUCCUAGCAUUUACAGCUCCUCCCACGAGCGCCUCGGCGAGGAGAUAUUCCCGCGCGAGCAGAAUCAGCGCCGCUGCGAUCCGCCAUCCGUUCCACACUGGUGGGCUCUCCCCGCCCCUUCCCGCCCUCUCCUGCGGCUCUCCGCACCUUGCCUCCGCCGCAUCCUACGGCGCCCCGCAGGGCCGAUGCAUCGCCGACAGCGAUGCUCACCGCGGAGUCUUCCCCGCGCGCGGCAGAGGGGCGAUCCAGAUGCCUGCUUGCUGGGUUCCUUGCGCGCGCCGUUAUCGCGCGCGCGACUGGAGGGCGGAGCCUGGCGGAGGCGUGAGAGGCUCUUAUCACGGGGGGAGGUGGGGUGACGAGGGAUGGUUUUUCAUCCCUCGAGGCGAGGCGAGGGAGCGCGGGAGGGCAGCGGGACGGGCGGAGGUGCACAUGCAGAGGCAUCAGGAGCCACCAUGAUCGUUUCGGUUCCGCAUCGUUCAUUCCAUGCCAUCGUGGCAUCACGCCAUGGCAGCCCUAAAUCGCUAGGCUAAAGCUGCGCGAUUCCGUGCUCCCAGGCGCCGGAUGUGGUUUUUAGUACCCGUCCGGUGGGUCCUCUAUGGCGGGCUGGAGGCUUUCACGCCUGUGGACGGCACUGGAGGGAUCUCCCCCAAGUUGUGGCUCUCGUAUUGGCAGAUUCAACCCGCAGACUCGCGAGUAGCGAACCUGUGCGAGAACUCGCACCGAUCACGCGUUGGGCCGCAACACUAGGAACGUCUCCGCGUGCUAAGCCGAAGCACCACAACACUCCCUCGGCCCUGCAGUUACGAUUAUUCCGCAGGUCUGAUCUACUCCGUCCGUAGCCGUCGAUCCCUCCCCCCUGCGUCCGCCUUGCCGGUUUCGUUCCUCCCGCCAUCUUCACCUCAUUGGCGCUCCCAGAUAGCCCGUGGAUCUAUGUUUUCGGAAGCCGGUUCCUUUGAUUUACACUAACCGCGAGUUAAGAGCCAGACUCUGCAACCUUAGUCACUCCGGAUUCCUGACGCUGCUUCGGAUCCGCGCAUUCUGUGGACCACGGGGGGGGGACACGUUGGGGCUGGCGACGAAGUGGCAGGCGACGCUAUGACGGACGAUGAUGCGCGCGACAGGGCCGCCGCGGCUGCCGCUGCUGCUGCGGAGGAAGGUGACAGCAGCAACAGCAACAGCAACAGCAACAGCGGCUGUGGCGACGCUGAUGCUGAUGGUGAUGGCGCUGGCGACGGUGACGGUGGUGCGGCGGGCGAUAGCGAGUUGAAGAAGAUCGCUGAAGCAUCUGAAGGGGUCUGUGGACGGCGGAGGAGGACGCGAUCCUGGUGGAGUGCGUGCACCGCUUCCGCGAGGGCAACUGGACCACCAUCGCCACGCGCUCGGGGCCUGGCGCGGUCGGGCAAGAGCUGCCGGCUGCGGUGGGUGAAGCACCUGAGCCCCGCCAUCCGCCCGGGGCCGCUGUCAGAGGCGGAGCAGCGGCAGGUGAUCCAGCUGCAGAAGAGGUUCGGCAACAAGUGGGCGCUCAUGGCGCAGCACAUGCCUGGGCGGUCCGACAACGCCAUCAAGAACUUCUGGAACUCUUAUAGGAAGAGGAUGCAGCGGAGAGUGAAAGCCGCUGCUGUGGCUGCGCGGGACGGGGGGAUGGAGAGGGUGGGUGAGAAGGAGGAGCAAGCGCUGGUGUGUGCCGGACAUUUUAUGAUGACUCCAGCACCAGCAGCAGCUGCAGCAGCAGCAGCGGCAGCAGCAUCAGGAUCAGCAGCAGCGUCACCAAUACUGUUGCUGCGCCCAUCCACGGUGCAAGCAGACCACCUGCUGCUUCUCAAACGAACCUGGGCGCUCGAGCGUUUUCCAGGGCAGCGUCAGCAGUGAACGCAGCGAGCG